GUCCUGGAGCAUCCCAAGAGAGAAAGUCCGUGCUGUUUUAAGGGACAACGCACGGAACAUGGAAAAAGCCAUGAGAGACGCAGCUUUGCCCAGCUUACCAUGUAUGGCACAUACGCUACAGCUUGUUGUCUCUGAGGGAGUACUGUCACAGCGAAGUAUUUCGGAUAUUAUCAGUUCAGGGAGACGCAUCGUCGGGCAUUUUAAACAUUCCCAGUUAGCGUACUCCCGUCUUCAUGAUAUUCAGAAGCAACUCGGCCAGACAACCAAAAGACUUCAACAGGAUGUCCCAACAAGAUGGAACAGCAGCUUGUACAUGCUCCAGAGUCUCUUGGAACAGAAACUGUCUCUUUCUGCCUAUGCCGCUGAUUAUGAAUUGCCGUGUUCAUUCACUAGUAACCAGUGGAAACUAAUCGAGAAUAUGACAUCCCUCCUCGCCCCAUUCGAGGAGCUCACGCAACAGAUCAGCUCAUCAUCUGCAACAGCUGCUGACGUUAUUCCGUCCAUUAAAGCCCUCACACGUCUCCUGGAAAAAACAGCUGAUUCUGACCACGGAGUGAAAACUUCAAAAACAACAUUGCUGGAAGCAGUCCGAAGACGAUUUGCUGACAUUGGAUCUGAAAACCUCUAUGUAGUUGCAACCAUUAUGGAUCCAAGAUACAAAGACCGAUACUUCCCUGACCAUCUCAAGCCACACCUGCGUGAUGUGCUUCGGGAUGUUGUGGCUGCCCUUCCAGGCCACAGCACUGAACAACCCAUCAGCUUGGAGGCGUGUGGGUCUAAGUCACCACAAAAAAAGAAAUCAGCUGCCAGCUCUCUACAAGCUAUGUUUGCAGAGCUAGUAGAUGAAAAUGAGGAACUGAGAGCUGAGGAGUCUCCACUCACCUCACAGAUAAACCUCUACCUCUCUGAGCCCCUGACACCAUAUAGUGGACAGCCACUUGCUUACUGGCAGGCUAAUAAGGAGCGGUUCCCCGCACUUGCAGAAGUGGCACGAGCCUACUUGUGCACACCGUGCACCAGUGUGGAUUCCGAAAGACUAUUCAGCACCGCAGCACAUGUUGUGGAUGAGAAAAGGAAUAGGUUAACCUCCAAAAAUGCAGAGAUGCUCAUAUUUAUCAAGAAAAACUUGCCAUUUAUGCUUGAGAAUUAAGUAAGAUAGGCUCACCUUAAAAAGAAAAUAUGGUAGCCUAAGCAGUACCCUGGAGUCUGUUUUUCUCAGUUUUGGUCUUUGACUUUUGUUGGCAUAACUUGGGAAGGCUGUUAUUUUGUUUCAUCUAUUGGAAUACAUUUGGUUUUUUGUUCCAUUAAUGGAACUUGCUUAUUGCCUCAUAGUUAAGGUUUGUUUGUUUGUGCUAAGGUUAUCUAGACUGUGAACUACUCUCGUGUAGAGAAUAAUGAGAAAUAUUAUUAUUUUUCCCAUCAAAUGGACAUCAAUUGUGUUUCCUUAUGGUCAAUUUUAUUUAUUUUUAUUUAAUUUAAUCUAUUGCUCUUGACAGGGCAGGGUUUAAAGGUACUUUAUUUGUCACAUAUACAGCUAGUACAGUUUACACAAAUAAAAAGUUGAUUGUGGUACAUAAAGAUCUUGAUUGUGUUUAUUAUUUAUUUUAGUACAAAUGGUUUUACCACUUUAAGUGGUGC